AUGCCCAAGAGAAAAAAGUAUGCUAAACUUCAUGAAUAUAAUAAUAAAAGGAAGAAGGUUGUUCAGAAAAGAUGGGAGAAAGUGAAUAUGUUAGAAAAAGAGAAGGAUUAUAAAAAAACCUCCACAAUAAAGAGUUUUCUCAAAUUAACCUACUAUCAUAUGUUUGGUGCUUCUGGCAUACUUACCAAUACUGCUAAAGGAACUCCCAAAAUUACCAGGUUUUUUGGGCCUUCAACAACUGCAUCACCAAUAUAUUUGUGGAUACAGGAAGAAUUAGAGGUAAAUGGUAUUAGUACAUCCUGGUUUAAACAAUAUGUUGAUUCUGCUAUUUUGCCUGCAUAUAUAGAAGAAACAAGGAUAUCAAUUAGCUUGAGAACAGCUAAAAGAUGGUUAAAUGUUUUAGGUUGUUGA